AUGGCCGCCGUGUCGUUUAGCACCCGCCAUGAGCAUGGGGGGGCCAAGAUCACAAAGUCGCGCACGCGCAACAGCGUGAAACCGAUGCUACGCAAGCUGCAGUCGUCAUCCUACUCGGAGAAGAACUCGCUGGACCUGGACCGUGGAUGGGACGAGCAGCUGUCGCCUCACCUGGGCUACGUCGCGCCCACCACGGACGACUACUACUACAGCAACAGCAGCAGCACGGCCACCGCGACGCCCGCCUCGUCAAAGGCUAGUCCGGACGAUUUGCUCAACAGUCAUCCGUACUACCAGCACUUCGCCUCGAGCUUAUCGCCAGCUGACCUGAGUCUAAGCCCAACAAAUGGCGCCAUCCACUCCAUCGCCCUCUCAUCGCCCGACGCCACGCCCGCCCUCACCGCGUCCUCAGCCAGCACAACUAUAGACUCGCCCUCCAACAACAACACCGCCACGACAGCCUCGUCCGCCUCGCACGUCCGCUCAACCUCUGGCACCUCGCAAUUCUCCAUCGCGACCAGCACAGGCAGCGCCGGCACCUCGCGCAACACCAACGGCGGCUCCUUUGUCCACCCCUUCCAGCAGACCCCGCGGACGUCGACCCCCCCGCUGCUCUUGUACGCCAACGGGCGCGCCUCGCUCGACACGCUCAACAUCAUCACGACGACCACGACGCGCGACUCGCCGACGACCAUUGACGAGAACGACGGUGAGCUGGAGCAGUUCCCCCUGCCGACGCCGGGGAGUAGGCCUCUCCAGAACAGCAUCCACGCGAGCAGCCAUCGACGGCCAUCGCUCGUGGCCGGAGGCUCCUCAUCACCGCAACAGCAGCAGCAGUAUAGCGAAUCCUUGCCGAGAUCAUCGACGUCCCGCCGCCCGACAAGGUCCUCCGACGUGCAGCAACUCAGCGCGACACCCUCCGUGACGGUCGUGGAGGACUCGCCCGUGGCCCAACUACCCGCCUCCGCAACGGCGACCAACAGUCCCCUCUCCCCCUUGCGAUCGUCGCUCGACAUGGACAAUUUUCGCAUCCGCUCGCGCAGCGACGUCGACACCUCGACGCGGCAGGAGCAGGUCCGCGCGGCCCGUCGCAAGUUUGAGGAAAAGGAGCGCGCCAAGCAGGAAAAGUACGCGCGCGAGCAGACACGCAAGCAGCAUCAACACCACCACCACAAGUCAAGAAAGAGCUCACUGGGUACUCGGUCCUCUAUAUCCGAGCAGCGUCCCGGCCCCCUGCCUCGAAGGUCCACCGCCCACGAAAAGUCGGAACUGGAAGCCUCCAACGGUCUCUUCUCACACGAACCCGAGGAAGAGGAGGAAGAGCAGCGGCGGCAAUCGACCGCGACGGCGACGCCAGGCUCCGCGACCAGACCCACGGACAUGAACGACGUGCGGUUCGGGCCCAACAACCGCCGGCGCGACGCGAAGCGUAAGACGACGGGCGCUUGGACGGCGUUUGUGCUCUGGUUCCGGACGAGGCUGCUGAAGCUGGGCCGACGGUAG